AUGAGUAGAUGGGAUUUCAGUUUAAAAAAGAAAGAACAGAAAAAUGAAAAUAUAAUAGAACCUUUUGGAUAUAAAUUUGUAAAUGAGGCAAAGAAUAUUUAUGGGAAUGGUGAUAGUUAUUUAAAGACUGAGAAGAAUAUAAAUACAUUAAAUAAAUUAAAUAAAAGUGAAAAUAAAAAAUCUGAUACUGUUGAAAUUAAUAAGAAAUUAUUACAUAAAGCAGCAUGGGGUAUAUGUGUAAAUUCAUUUAAGGGUUUACUUAUGAAUUUAUUUGUUAUGUUUAUGUCAGGUGGAGCUUCAGGAAUAUUUGGUAUUAUAUUUAUUGUUUAUUCUAUAUAUAAUAUUUUAAAAUCUUUAAUUAAUAUUAAUGAUGUUUUUAAAUCGGUUGAAAAUAAUAAAACAGAAAAAUUUUUAUUACAAAAAAUUUGCUUUUUUAUUAUGAAUUGUUUAGUUCUACUUUAUAUUAUGAGCGUAUGUUCAAAUAGUGGACUCUUACCUAUUCGUUCAGGUGAUUAUUUUUAUUUUAUACCUCAUCAAAAAAUUAAACAAAAAGGAGUAGCUAGUAUAUUCUGA